AUGGGGGAACAACCCAUCUUCAGCACUCGAGCUCAUGUCUUCCAGAUUGACCCAAACACAAAGAAGAAUUGGGUACCCACCAGCAAGCAUGCUGUUACUGUGUCAUAUUUCUAUGACAGCACAAGAAAUGUGUAUAGAAUAAUCAGUUUAGAUGGCUCAAAGGCAAUAAUUAAUAGUACUAUCACCCCAAACAUGACAUUCACUAAAACAUCUCAGAAGUUUGGCCAGUGGGCUGAUAGUCGGGCCAACACAGUUUAUGGACUGGGAUUCUCCUCUGAACAUCAUCUUUCAAAAUUUGCAGAAAAGUUUCAGGAAUUUAAAGAAGCUGCUCGGCUAGCAAAAGAAAAAUCACAAGAAAAGAUGGAACUUACCAGUACACCUUCACAGGAAUCUGCAGGUGGGGAUCUUCAGUCUCCUUUAACACCAGAAAGUAUCAAUGGGACGGAUGAUGAAAGAACUCCUGAUGUGACACAAAACUCAGAACCAAGGACUGAACCAACUCAGAAUGCAUUGCCAUUUUCACAUAGUUCAGCAAUCAGCAAACAUUGGGAAGCUGAACUGGCUACCCUCAAAGGAAAUAAUGCCAAACUCACUGCGGCCCUGCUGGAAUCCACUGCCAAUGUGAAACAAUGGAAGCAGCAGCUGGCUGCCUAUCAAGAGGAAGCAGAACGUUUGCACAAGCGGGUGACUGAACUUGAAUGUGUUAGUAGCCAAGCAAAUGCAGUGCAUACUCACAAGACAGAAUUAAAUCAGACAAUACAAGAACUGGAAGAGACGCUAAAAGAAAAGGAAGAGGAAAUAGAAAGAUUAAAACAAGAAAUUGAUAAUGCCAGAGAGUUACAAGAACAGAGGGACUCUUUGACUCAGAAACUGCAGGAAGUAGAAAUUCGGAACAAAGACCUGGAGGGACAACUGUCUGACUUAGAACAGCGUCUGGAAAAAAGUCAGAACGAACAAGAAGCUUUUCGCAAUAACCUGAAGACACUCUUAGAAAUUCUUGAUGGAAAAAUAUUUGAACUAACGGAAUUACGAGAUAACUUGGCCAAGCUACUAGAAUGCAGCUAAGGAAAGUGAAAUUUCAGUGCCAAUUGACUAAAAGAUAUACAUACUGUCUCUCUUUGUAGGACUGUUUGGGCUCUGCAUCAAGAUUGCACAAAAAAUUUGAAUACGACUCCUCCAGGAGGAGGAUCUUUUGAAAAUUGGAAUUGUAUAUUUCAGUGUAAAUUUUAGAAUUCAGCUUGCAGCCAGUUUGAGAAAAAAGAGAUGAAAAACUUGAACUACAAAUUACCUCCAUGUAUAUUAUUGGCCAUAGUUAACUAGAAAGUUAUAGAAACCUAAUGCAAUCUCUUUUCUGAUAUUAGCCAAUGGGAGAAUUAACAAUGUCUGGGUCACACCCCACUUUUGUGUUCAACACAGUGAAGGUUAUCUGCUUUUUCAGUUAAUUUAUUUAUGAUAUCUAAAGCUGUGUUUUGUGCAAAAACUUAGUGAUGAAAGCCCUGUCUUAUGUUGUAUCGGAAUAAUUUCUCAGGAUAUUUUUGCACUGCUGAGAAGCAGUGCCAUUACCAAUUAAUUCUUGCCAGAAGUGAGAGAGAGCUGUAUCUUUAAAUGAAACAGACUUAUUAUAUAACUGGGUGUAUAGAGUUCUUCCCUUUUUUUUUAUACUGGAAGAUAUUUCACUCUGGUGACCACUCUGGUACACUCUGGUAUUCUCUAUCUUGUCCACUGUAUAGUUUACUUUUCCAUAUUGAUUCCAUGUACUAAUGAGAAGAUACUGUCUCCCAUUUUAUUACACAUUUUAAAGCCAAUUAAUGAAGGCAGCUGAGUCCCUCAGAAAUUUUUCUUUUUAAAUUUCUAAUAAAUUUGACACAAAGUACUGAACUACAGCAGCCCAUCACAGAUGGGCUGGUCUAGCAAUGUUAAGUAUAUUUACAGAAUAUGCAGUUACAUUUAUUUAUAUAUUUUGCAAGAAACCUUUUCUGAAUGAUCAAUGCAUUUCAAUUUACAACUAGUGAUUAUUGGGAACUGUUUAUUAUAGAUCAUUUUAAGGUGUAUAGCUAUUUUAAAGGGGAUUCAUUUCCAUCCAACAGCCUAUCAGAGGACUAUUGGGAUUGGAGCCGUGUACUCUGGCUGGGUCGUCACAUCACCCACAUCUCUAGUCAAACCUCACAAGGCAAUAUUAUGAACUGUUACCUAGGCAUUUCAAAACAGGAACUCAAGUCGAUAGUCUCUUCUCAGUGAGCAGAUUUUAAUGUUGUUUUGAUGUAAUUUUAAAGAAAUUUUAGCAAACAUGCAUUUCUUUAUAUAAUAUAUUUAUUUUAAGAGGUUAUUUUCAAAGUAAGCCAAGUGCUGUCUAGUCUGCUUAUGAAGUAGGAAUUGCAUCAGAGUCCAUAUAUUCUUGCUGUACGAUGCCUGUGAAGUGGAAGGGAUCUUUUCUAAAGUGUAUGCCUGAGUUUCUGGCUUGGUAGAAUCUACAAAUGCACUCAUACUUUGUACCCUAAAACAAUUGGAUUGUUAAGUACAGAAUGAAGUUAAUGAAUCCAUUUGUAACCAUUUUUUCACUCACAAACAACUACUCAACACUAGACAGUUUUAUUUUAUAUAUGUAUUGUAUGUAUGUAAAUACAUACAGCUUAAUUUAUAUUAGAGUGAAAAAUAAAUGGCUUGUUUCUAAAGUUAGUUUCUCAAGUGAAUUUUCAGAUGUCUCGAAGAAGUUUAUACCAGACAUUGAAUCAUCAUAUGUUAUGUGUGCUAUAACAUCAUCUUAGGAUAUUUUUGUCACUUAGUAUAGAGAGGACAGUUUAGGUACACAAGCUCAGAGAUGAGAGAUUUUUCUCUGAUAAAUCAGGUAAUAAAGUUUAUUUAACUAAAGGUAUUUUGAAGUAGAUGUGAGUUUAUUCCACAGUUUCUGAGUAACAAAGACUACUGGAUUUAACACUAGUUUUCAGGGACUUUAGUAUGGGAAAGUUAAAAUUAAAGCAAGUAAGCUGUUGAAUGGUAUGUGGAUUAUUUUAAUAAUUAAUAUAAUAUUUUAAAGGUUGACAGAGUUGUCAUUUAAUGGGAAAAUAUCUCACCAAAAUGCCUCCACUUGAAUUGUAUUGAUAGGUGAGACAUGUGCAAUUCAAUAUACAUAUAUACCCAUACGUAUAUACAGAAAAUUAUUUUUAAUAUUUUCCUACUGACAGUAAAUUUAAAAUCAGAAGUUUUGUGAGUUUUUUCCUUGUCAAUAGAGCCGAAUAUUUUCCCUUUUUUUAGUGACGUAACAAUUUCUUGAGGGCUGCACCUUUUAAUUCCCAGAUUGUAAUUAGGAUGUACAGUAAAUGGGAUAAGGUGAACACAAGUGCACAUAUAAAUAAAAUCUUACUAAGAUCAUUUUAAACAUUUAUUUACAGAACAAGAGUAGAUAUCAACUUAUGAUUAGGUUGUGUGCUUAUGGUAGUUUUCUCCAUUUCUGUAUUAUAUAAAUGAAAGUAUGCAUACUAAAAUUUGCUUUUUCCCAGAGACUAGCAUUCUAUAGUAAUCUAUGUAGAUCAAACUGUGGUAAUAUAUUUAUAAGGAAGCAAUGUUGGGGACUAUUGCCUGAAUAUGUGGACUUAAAGUGAUACAGAAAAGAAAAGCAGACGUGAAUUCCAUUGUGUAUAAGUUAUUAUAUGACUACUAUGAAUUCUUGUAUAAAACAAAUUCAACUCAAAAAAGACAAACAAAAUACAGUUUUUAUUUUGAAAUACA